AUGCCAUCACCAUUAUAUUAUCUUUCCCAAAAGCCGAGAAAAGGACGAGCGCUGACUAAGCGAGCACGAGCCUCAAAUGCCAAUAAGGUUCUCAUGUGCCAAGAAACAAUAACCGUCGAACCCCGCCAUCCCUGGUUCCUAAUGGCUGAAGACCCAUUUGAGGAUGAAAACAAUCAGCCGCAAAUGCCAGAAAUGCGGACAGUUCGGAUAGAUUACUGA